GCAAUCGGAGUCUCAGUCUCUCGCCGGAAGGGAAGAGAGAGUGGUCGCACCGGUCGCCCGUGUUCUUUUCUUCUCGCACUUUCCUGAAGGACCCCGCCGCCCUUCCCAAUGCUCUCGUACAUCGGCAGAUCCAGCCAGUUCGCCCCCGCGCUGAAGGGGACGGCGCAGGCGGUGGCUGGUGGACUCAGGAACGUCGUGCCAGGUGCGGUAGAUGCAGCCGCCCCGGAGCUCGUUCAGAAGGCCCCUCUGGCCCUCACCCCGGCGUCCAUGGCCAAGAGGUGUCCAACCGGUGCUGUCGUGGCCAAGGCUGGACUCGGAGCAUCGUCCCAGGUUCGUUAUGCGCACACAGACAUCCAGGUGCCUGACUUCAGUGCAUACCGCCGUGAUGAUGUCAAGGAUACCCGCGCUAAGGCAGGAGAAUCGGCUCCCACUCGCAGUGCCUUCACAUACAUGCUGGUUGGAGGUGGUACCGUGACCGGAAUUUACUCUGCCAAGGCUGUUGUCUCACAGUUUGUGUCCUCCAUGUCGGCCUCCGCUGAUGUCUUGGCCUUGGCUAAAAUUGAAAUCAAGCUAGAUGAUAUUCCGGAAGGCAAAUCCGUCACCUUCAAGUGGAGAGGCAAGCCACUCUUUGUCCGACACAGGACUGAUGAGGAAGUUUCCACAGAAGGUGCUGUGGAUAUGGGCAGCCUACGAGAUCCAGAACAUGACAGUGUGCGAUGCAAGGAACCCAAGUGGCUGAUUGUGCUGGGUGUAUGCACCCAUCUCGGCUGUGUCCCAAUUGCUGAUGCUGGUGACUAUGGUGGAUACUACUGCCCAUGCCACGGUUCCCACUACGACACAGCUGGCCGCAUCCGAAAGGGCCCUGCGCCUCUUAACCUUGAAAUCCCAGAGUACAGCUUCCCAGAGGAUGGAUUGCUAAUUGUAGGGUAGAGAGGAAAAAAGAGGGUCUUUAAAAGCGUGUAUAUUUUUUGUUGAAAUAAAAAGAAAUAUGAAAAAAAAAAAGUAGAAAUGCAUCAUGAAAACCACCAAUGAUAACACAUGUAUCAAAGUUGUUCAUCAGAAGUUUUAAUUUUUGAUCAUCAGGCGGAGCAUUUCAGAAAGACUAAUCAGUUUUUCUCUAUGUACUGAAAUGAAAGAAAAGAUGGAGACACAAGGUCAUUGAAGCACCUGUUUACUGUAGAUACUGUAUAAAUAAGUUAACCCUCUCUACAGUGAGAUGGUAUUUAUUGCAUAUACAAAUGACGGCUGAGACUUGUAAAAUAAAAGAAAGUUUUAUC